AUGUCCGGGCCAAACGCCACCGGUUCACCUUCCCAAGAGGUCUCCAGCGCCGCAUCACCACUCCCAGCUCACGAGAGGAAACCCAAGGAACAUGCCCGUAUCCGGCGCCGCAACCGGAUAAUCACCUCAUGUCUGGAAUGUCGCCGCCGCAAAUUAAAGUGCGACAAACAGCAGCCAUGUACGAACUGCACCCGAUUUUCGCGACCAUGCAUUUUCAUUGCGCCAUCAUUGGACCCGGAGGCCCAGGCCAAGCUUGCUGAGGUCAAGGAGAAGAUGGGCAUGCUAGAGAAGACGCUUGAAGACGAUGUCGCACGCCGAAGCACUCCAAAGCCAUUGUUUGAGGCUCCUAGACUGCCGGGUCAGGAUCCAGCCCAUAGCGAUGAAGAAGACGACGAAGAUGCGAAAGAUCUGGAGUUCAUUGACAUUGCGACCGAGCACGCAACAUACUAUGAAGACGAGGCCAACGACGAUGUUGUUGACAUUGGCAUCGCAAUGGGAAAGAUGCGCAUCACGGAAAGAGUGGGCGGUCUUGUACGACCAAGAUUAUCCGAAGAACUUAACGAAGCUCUCAAGCUGGUUCCCGACGUAGACCAAUCGCUGAACCCCUACGCCGACCAAUCGCCCAGCUCUUGGAUGUCUCCCUCUGCUGACUUUCUAGCACCCUCGUCAAGCUUCUACUUCGCCCCUAGUGUCGAGAAGACCACCAUGAUGACUUACCUCCCGAAUAAAGUCCUCGUCGACAAGCUGCUCGCACACUAUUGGGAAGUUGUGCAUCCUAUUGUCAGAACUCUCCAUCGUCCAUCAUUUGAACGCAAAUACGACACUUUCUGGCGGAACAUUGCCUCAGGCAUCGAGCCACCGGGGUCUUUCCAAGCAGUCGUUUUCGGUGUGCUCCUACAAUCCAUUGUAUCGAUGUCUGCAGAUAAGAGUCUAGCCGAGUUUGGAGCAGAGAAGCAAGGUUUGGUCGACAACUUCAGGCUAGGCUCAGAAUCUGCGUUGUCCAGGGCAAACUUCCUGCGUACGACCAAGCUUGAGACUCUCCAGGCUACUGUUAUAUACUUGCUGGCACUGUGUCGAGCAGAAGUUUCGCGAGCUCACUCUGCCCUCAUGGGAGCCGUCAUUCGUCUCGCGGAGUGCAUGGGUCUUCACCGCGAUCCCUCGACUUACUCCACUAACCCAGUCGAGGUCCAGGUUCGCCGCCUGAUCUGGUACCAGAUCUGCUUCCUCGACCUACGAACUUGUGAAGCAACCGGACCACGCCCACAGAUCAGGCGCGAUGAGUACGAUACCCGGUUUCCGCUCAAUGUUGAAGAUGAUGAUCUCGAGCGCGCCGCCCAGCGCGGCGAUAACGUCACACAGGACAGCAAGUCCUUCACGCCGAUGACGAUAACCCGCAUGCGAGCAGAGUGUUUUGAACUAUAUCGCAUGAUCUGGACGGAGCGACCGAAGUUGCAAAGGAAAGUCGAACCGGGCGAGAAAAAAACAACGCUCACUGGUCUAUUGGGCCGCAUACAGUCAUUUAGAGCAGCUAUGGAGAAGGCGUAUCUCCCUUUGAUGAGCAGGGACAACCCUCUGCAUGCAGUCGCCAUGGAAAUGUAUGGCAUUCUCAGCUCGCGGCUUUAUCUUGCAACACUGCACCCUUUCGCGUCGAGCGACAAAGGCAAGAUGCCAGAGCGACUGCGACAGAUCAUGAUAUCCUCGUGCAUCAUGAUUGUCGAACAUAGCAUGAAUAUCGAAGAGCAGCCCGCUUUAUCGCAAUGGUCGUGGUACGUGGGAGCUCUGCACCAGUACCAUUCAGCUAUGCUUCUGCUCUCCGAAAUGUACGUUACGCGCGUCGACCCUGAGCUCUCCGCGCGUAUAUGGCGCUGCAUCGACUAUACCUUCGAGCUCCCUUCAAGCCUAGGCGAGAACGAGAAGAUUCGAUUCCUGUUGAGCGAAUUGGUUGAGAGAACAGGCUCCUAUGCCUCGCUCCGAGGAGUCCGCGCCCCUAGCGAUAUGCCUCACGCAGGCCCUCGGCUCAAAGACGGGACCUCGCCAUGGCCAGAAGGCUCGCGACAUCCAUACUUACCACAAAUCAAAGCCCCGAGUCACCAGGCAGCAGUGGCUACGCCGCAAGCAACAGCGAUAACCCCUACACCCAGCCUAGAUACCACCCCUCACACACCGAGCGGCCGCAAGGCCAAUACACUACCCCUUCUGGGCUCACUGCGAAGGGACCACUCGGCGCAAUACCUCAAGUAG